GUUGCAGAGUCAGACACGAUGUCUGGCUUAAGCAAUAAAGAAUGUUACUACUCUCUUCUUAGGAGAAGGUGAGCAGAAGGCAAUUCAGGUUGGAUGCAGCUGCUCAGUCAUUGGCUCCAGGAUUCCAGUCGCCUUCUGUUCUGAUGUUUAUCCACCCUCAGCUGGAUACCUUUCCAUCUUUAGGCUUGUCUUCUCCUUGGCACAAGAUGUGGGCCUCACACAAUCUUUCAUGAUACUUAAGGGCCAGGAAUCCCGAAGUGACUUAGUGAAGUGGUUCUGGCUUAGGCUCUCCCAUGAAAUUUCAGUGAAGACAUGUGAGGCUACAGUCAUCUGAAGACCUGCCUGAGCCUUGGAGGACCUGCUCCCAAGAUGUUUUACUCACAUGGUUGGUGUCAAGAGGCCUCAGCUCCUCACCAAUUGUUGGCUAGAGGCCUUCAUCCCACUGCAUAUGAAUUUCUCCUAAAGUUGGCUUGGGCAUCCUUCCAACACGCAGCCGACCUCUUCCAGGGUUAGUGAUCCAACAGAGACCACAAGAAGGAAGCCACAACAGCUUUUAUGACCUGGUUUCAGAAGUCACGCUCUAACUUCCACCAUAUUUGUUCAAAGUGAAAGAAAUUGCGGCUUAGACAACUUUCGUAGGCAAGAUUAACUUAAAAGUUAUCAAGUGGCGGAACUAGGAGUCCAACCCAGUUCUGACUCCAAAACCUGCGCGCAAAAUAGAGGCAAAGUGAACAAGAAUAUCUGAGUCAUUACAUCAGGCACCUGUGUUAGGAAAUCGGACUGUAAUAAUUCACCAUGGCUUAUGGCUUGCAAAGAAAGAAUGGAGUAGAAAAGCUCUUGCGCUGCAAUUGUUAUCAAGUACAGGAACCCUGGGAACUUGCACUACUCACAAAGACAUGGUACACGAAACUAGCCAACAUCAAGUUGCCUUUCUUGGAAGAAAUUGCAUUUGGUAGCUGUGUACACCUCAAAAAAUGUAAAACCAUUAAGGAUGGUCUGCUCCCUUCAGCAGAAUCCAUCCGAUGUGAAAGGGAGUAUGAAAUGAAGCGCUUGAAUAACCUGAAAUGUCAGGAAAAUGAAGUCAAGAAAAUUCAGUUUUCCCUAAGGGAAAGGCCAAUUGGUUUGAGAAGACCUCUUCCACCUAAGUGACUGUCAUCUCACUGUUGAAUUUGUUCUCUGUGGUUUUUGCAUCCAAAGAGGAUGAAGGACUCUGACCUUUCCCUGUGUGCAGUCGGAUGCAUACGUCCAAAUGCCCCCUGGUGGAUGAGCCAGCUCCUGUGGGUUAUCGGACAGCUCUUAGCCGACAGCUCUUAGCUGACAGCUCUGAAAGAUCUGUGUCCCAGCCACGUAUUUGUACCGUUGUAUCACAGGCAACAGCACUGUAAGUAGAUGAAAAUGUUGCUGGCAUUGAAUCGCUUGUGCUAUUCAUUUUGAUUUUUGUAAAAUUGCGCCAAGGUAAGGGGAAACUCCUUGUCAGAGGCAUUGCCCCCUGCCCGCAAGAGACAUUAUUUUGAAGG